AAAACGGCAAACCCCACACCAACGUCAAUUCGAUCAAGGAUUAUUUUGUCGCAUCUGAAUCUGAGCCAGCCCGCCCACCAACAAUCCCUUCAUCACGCCCUCUCAACCUCCUCUACUACUCCCUACAGUGGUCAAUUGGGCUCGCUCCCUAUCGGAAUCAUGCUGUCCGCUACCUCUUCCGCCCUGCGCACCAGCGCUCGCCGCGUUGCCCCCCGUGCCGCCGCUGUCUCAACCCUCGUUGCGCCCGUGCCCAAGAUCUCCCUCGGCCGAAGCUUCAAUGUCGCACAGGCUCGAUGCCUCUCUUCUACCGGCCGUUUGUCCUACGCUAUCCAGACCAACCCCAACCCUCCUCUGGGUAUGAAGAAUGCCUCCAACGAUUCUCCCUCAAGAAUUGGCCUCAUUGGAGCUCGUGGCUACACUGGUCAGGCUCUUAUCGAUCUUCUGAACGAGCACCCCAUGAUGGAUCUUCGACACGUUUCUUCCCGUGAACUUCAGGGACAAGAGUUGAAGGGCUACAGCAAGCGCAAGAUCAUCUAUGAGAGUCUGUCUCCUGAGGAGGUUGCUCAGCUGGACAAGGAUGGCAAGGUCGAUGCCUGGAUUCUGGCGCUCCCCAAUGCUGUCUGCCAGCCCUUCGUUGAGGCUCUGGGCAACAGCAAGAGCUUGAUUGUCGAUCUUUCCGCCGAUUACCGUUUCGACGAGGACCAGAAGACAUGGAAGUAUGGUCUUUGCGAGCUUCAGCCCAGAAGCCAGCUUGCCACAGCUACAAGAAUCUCCAACCCUGGCUGCUAUGCUACUGGCUCUCAGCUUGCUUUGGCUCCUAUUGUUGAGCACCUCGGUGGUAUUCCUAGCAUUUUCGGUGUCAGUGGUUACAGCGGAGCUGGUACCAAGCCUUCUCCCAAGAACGACACCAACAACCUCAAGGACAACUUAUUGCCUUACUCCCUCACAGGCCACAUCCACGAGCGAGAAAUUAGCCAUCACCUUGGUACACCCGCUGCUUUCAUGCCCCAUGUCGCCUCUUGGUUCCGCGGUAUUCACCUGACCGUCAACAUUCCCCUGAACAAGGAGAUGACAUCUCGUGAUAUUCGCCAGAUCUACCAGGACCGAUAUGCCGGCGAGAAGCUCGUCAAGGUUGUCGGUGAAGCUCCUGUUGUCAAGGCCAUCCAGGACAAGCACCACGUUGAGAUUGGUGGCUUUGCUGUCGACAGCACCGGCAAGCGUGUCGUCGUAUGCGCCACCAUCGACAACCUCCACAAGGGUGCCGCCACACAAUGCCUGCAGAACAUGAACCUCGCUCUCGGAUACGACGAAUACCAGGGAAUCCCCAUCUAAGCCACCAACACCACGGCGUAUUAGUCGCUCCGAUAUCCACCAUAGAGAACAAGUUCAACACACCACAGAGCAAGGGACGCGCCAAUUCCAAAGCGGUCCAAGCAAAGCAUCACAUAUCUGUACCGAACUCCAACCAUCAUACCGCUAUACCAGUUGCGGAGGAGAGGAAAGCAAGCAUAUUUAGAACAUGUCACGUCUGGGGAAGAAGACAUUUUUUUUGUUAUGAUACAAAUACAAUUCUAGAUAGAGGCUGAAAGAUUAAUAACAGCUACCUUUCCUGAA